AUGGCGACUCUCUGGUGCUAUAGAUUGGCCUACUCGGCCUUGUUUGUUGGAACUGCCGCCCUGCAUAUGCAGGCUGGAGAGCAGCAGGUACUCGCACCUCAAACGCCGCUGAUUGCCGACGAGGCGCCUCUCUCGACAUCCCCCUCGACCUAUUCAUCCAAGAAGCCCUUGGUAGAAACAGAGGCUCUGCAGGACACAAUCAGCGCCGACAAUCUGCUUGCUCGCGCGAAGGAGUUGUACGAGAUUGCCAAGUUGGGAGAGGAGGAGUACAACCACCCUACGCGCGUCAUUGGUAGCGAUGGUCACCUUGGAACUCUGGAGUACAUCUACUUCAAUCUCGCCAAGCUGGGCGACUACUACAAGGUCUGGAACCAGACCUUCCCCGCCGUCUCUGGCAAUGUAUUCGAGUCGCGUCUCGUCAUUGGCGACGAGGUGCCCAAGUCUGCCUCGCCCAUGUCCUUGACGCCGCCUACCAAGAACAAGGAGCCCGUUCAUGGCGACCUCGUUCUCGUCAAGAACGAGGGCUGCGAUGUUUCCGACUACCCUGCCGAGGUCGACGGCAACAUCGCCUUCAUCCUCCGUGGUACCUGCCCCUUCGGCACCAAGAGCGAGAACGCCGGCAAGGCUGGCGCUGUUGCGGCCAUUGUCUACAACUACGAGAGCGAGACCGUUCACGGCACUCUUGGCACGCCUUCCCCCAACCACGUCGCAACCUUCGGCCUGGGCCUCGACGACGCCCAGCCCGUCCUCGACAAGCUCCGCAAGGGUAAGAAGGUCGAUGGUAUUGCGUACAUCGACGCCGUCGUGAACACCAUUCAGACGACCAACAUCCUCGCUCAGACCACCGAGGGCGACCCCGACAACUGCGUCAUGCUUGGUGGCCACAGCGACAGCGUCGCCGAGGGCCCUGGUAUCAACGACGACGGCUCUGGCAGUCUGACUCUGCUUGAGAUCGCCACGCAGCUGACCAAGUUCAGCGUCAACAACUGCGUUCGCUUUGCUUGGUGGGCGGCCGAGGAGGAGGGCCUGCUGGGCUCUGACUACUACGUCUCCGUCCUGUCCCCCGAGGAGAACCAAAAGAUCCGUCUCUUCAUGGACUACGACAUGCUCGGCAGCCCCAACUACGCCUACCAGGUCUACAACGCCACCAACGCCGUCAACCCUACCGGUUCCGAGGAGCUUCGCGACCUGUACGUUGACUGGUACAAGGCCCACGACCUUGCUUACACGUUCAUCCCCUUUGAUGGCCGCAGCGACUAUGACGCGUUCAUCAGAAACGGCAUCCCGGGUGGAGGUAUUGCCACCGGAGCUGAGGGCAUCAAGACCAAGGAGGAGGCUAAGCUGUUUGGCGGAAAGGCUGGUGACUGGUACGACCCCUGCUACCACCAAUUGUGCGACGAUGUCGGCAACGUCAACCUGACUGCUUGGGAGCUCAACGCCAAGCUGGUCGCCCAUUCCGUCGCCAAGUACGCAGUCUCGUUCAAGGGCUUCCCUGAGCGCGUCGAUGCUGCGGCGGCCUCCACCUACGCUAAGGAGACCAAGUACCAUGGCAGCAAGCUCUUCAUUUAA